AUUCACUGUACCUGGAACUGUGUCUCCUCCAGCAAGCUUUGCUCCUUUAUUUUAUUUAUUGUUCUUCUGAUGAUCAAAUCCACACCAAGGGCAGCAUCUUACUAGAUCUACUUGGAAUCAACCAGAUCUGAAAGUUAUUUCUCUUUUGAUCUCUCGGAUAGAUUCUCGUAAAUCACUUCAGCUUCCGAAGACCGAGAUGGAUACGGAAACCAUUACCGACGCCCGGACUGGAAGUUUUACCAGCGAUAAAUAAUGUUCCAAGGACAUCUCUUCCUUUUGAAUCCUCCAUGGAGUGAGAGGCAUACACUGUGGUCCAGCCAGUAUUGGAAGUAUAUCCUUCAUUAAAAAUGACGACAAGACAAAAAGUGAUUGUAGGAACGGGGUUAUUUCUCGCCUGCAUGGGAGUUUUGGGGAUUUUCAUAGAGGUGCAGUUCUUGCAGUUUUGUACUUUUUGCUACCCGAGAGAAGUAUCAUUUACCCCCCCACUCAAUCAAACAAACAAUUCAAUUAUCGUUUUGCCAAAAAUAAACUGCCAGGAAAGCCCUCCUUUCUUGCUGCUGCUGGUAACGACCACCCAUAACCAAAAAGUUGCCCGCAUGGCGAUCCGAAACACGUGGGGCAAAGCUGGAAUGAUAAAAGGCAAACGCGUGGAGACCUUAUUCCUUCUGGGCGCGAGUCAAAAAGAAGACAAGGCGGGACAAGCCAGCCUUAUGGAGGAAAGUAACGUUUAUAAAGACAUUAUUCAGGGAAGCUUCAGAGACGUAUACUACAACCUAACCAUUAAAACACUCAUGGGCAUCGAGUGGAUCCACCAUUUUUGCCCGCAGACGAGCUUUGCGAUGAAAACUGACACGGACGUGUUUGUCAACACGCCCUAUCUCGUCGAUUUACUUAUCCAAAAAAAUGUAACCUCAGACUUCUUUACUGGUUUCCUAAAAAUGAACGAUCACCCCGUACGGAAUUCAUUUAGCAAAUGGUACAUAAGCCAAAGUGAAUACCCGGCCGAGGACUAUCCGCCAUUUUGUUCCGGGACUGGGUACGUCUUCUCUGUAGACGUCGCCCUGAAGAUCCACGAUAUCAUGGAUUCUGUCCCGUUCUUCAAACUGGAGGAUGUCUACGUAGGGUUGUGUUUGGACAAACUUCAAAUAACUGUACAGGAGCUUCACACGCAACAAACUUUUUUCCCGUGGAAAAAGCCUUUCUCGGUGUGCGGAUAUCAAAGCAUUGUAACGUCACACGGAGUAAGUCCCACCGAGAUGGUUAUUUAUUGGGAAGGCCUGGAGAGGUCAAAAGGUGAAAAAUGCUAAUAAUAAUAAUAAUAAAAAAAUCAGCCUUCUGCAGUAACAACGAGACUUUUAAUAAGGCCCAUACGAUAGCUUUCGGGGGGAAUUAACAGAAAAUGAGAACGAGAACAGCCUCCAUUGGAUAUUAUUGAGGUUUGGCUUUUUUUGCCACACAAUGCUGGAACUGUUCGACUUAAAAUAUCAUUAGAAAAUUAUGAUGCCCCCCCCAAAAAAAAAAGAACUGGGGAGAAAAACUCAAGGGACAUGAAUUGGAAAAAAAAAGUGGCAACAAAUAUAUCACAGAAAAUUAUAUAUUAUCAGGAAUAUUAUUGAUUGAAGAG